AUGGACAAUGCCAACCUGUGGACUCGCCGGUCGAACAAGCUCUCCCUUUCCAUGUCCGGUUCGGACGCCAAAGAGACCAGUGGAAGACAAGAUUCCUCUCGAAGUCAUACAUCCAAGCGAUUUGGUCCUGACAGUUCUCACGGACGAUCGAACCCUUUCAACGUGAUCUUACCCCUCACUACGAACGCACCAUCUCCCUCCGCCGGCGCCUCGUCCGCUUUUGGCUUAGGAUCUGGUGCGUUUGCCUCCUUCGGCUCGGCCAAAACACCAAAAACCCCUGGCGCAUUUGAUCUUAGCGCCCCAAAAUCGAGUGAAAAACGAGAAACGCAGCCAGAAGACGAAGGGGUGAAUAAUAAAACCGUGAAGUCAAAGGCGUCAUCUUCUUCUCUCAAUAAUACCCCAACAACUCCUGCUCUUAAAGAACACCCCAUAAGGUCUACUUGGAUCGUUUGGUACCGACCCCCAACACCAAAACAUUCUGACUACGAGAAAUCUACCAUAGCUCUUGCAUCGAUAUCUUCUGUUGAGAGUUUUUGGGCCGUUUACUCACACCUUAAGCGGCCUUCUCAGCUCCCGUCGGUGUCGGACUACCAUAUUUUUAAGAAAGGAAUACGACCAGUUUGGGAAGAUGAAGCAAACAAACGUGGAGGGAAAUGGAUCGUCAGAUUGAAGAAGGGGGUUGCUGAUCGCUAUUGGGAAGAUUUGCUUCUGGCAAUGGUGGGCGAUCAAUUUGCGGAAGCAAGCGAUGAGGUGUGCGGGGCGGUUCUGAGCGUUAGAAGUGGGGAGGACGUCCUGUCUGUCUGGACGAGGAUUGAUGGUGGGCGGAAUAUCAAAAUUCGGGAAACUAUAAAACGCCUGUUAGCCUUCCCUCCAGACACCAACAUUGCCUGGAAAAGUCAUGACGAUAGCAUUGCGCAACGUUCCGCCAUCGACCAGGCCCGCCAGGAUAAAGCCGCUGCAAAUGCAAGUCACCAUAAUCAGGGCUCAGAUCGUCGACGUGGGCAAAACCAAGAUGACACUUCGGCUGAUAAAGGGCGGACUGCAGCAUCGUAA